GGGACUGCGCAGGAGCAGAAAAGGGGGCGGGGGACUCGGCUUGUUGUGUUGCUGUCCGAGAACCUGAGCCAGUCCAGCUGCGGACAGAGCUCCUUCAGCCGCCCGACAAUGUCGUCUCAUUUAGUAGAGCAGCCGCCGCCCCUGCACAACAACAACAACAACAAUUGCGAAGAAGGGGAGCAGCCUUUGCCCCCGCCAGCCGGCCUCAACAGUUCCUGGGUGGAGCUCCCCAUGAACAGCAGCAGUGACAAUGAUAAUGGCAAUGGAAAAAAUGGGGGCCUGGAACACGUCCCUUCAUCCUCGUCUAUCCACAAUGGAGACAUGGAGAAGAUUCUUUUGGACGCACAACAUGAAUCAGGACAGAGUAGUUCAAGAGGCAGUUCUCACUGUGACAGCCCUUCCCCACAAGAAGACGGGCAAAUCACGUUCGAUGUGGAAAUGCGUACCAGCAGGGACCAUAGCUCUCAGUCAGAAGAAGAAGCUGUAGAAGGAGAGAAAGAAGUUGAUGCUUUGAAGAAAAGUGUAGACUGGGUGUCAGACUGGUCCAGUAGGCCUGAGAACAUUCCACCUAAGGAGUUCCACUUCCGGCACCCAAAACGUUCUGUUUCUUUAAGCAUGAGGAAAAGUGGAGCCAUGAAGAAAGGGGGUAUUUUCUCUGCGGAAUUUCUUAAGGUGUUCAUUCCAUCUCUCUUCCUGUCUCAUGUUUUGGCUUUGGGGCUAGGCAUCUAUAUUGGAAAACGACUGAGCUCGCCUUCUGCCAGCACCUACUGAAGGAAAGAAGCCCCUGGAAAAGCGUGUGACCUGUGAAGUGGUGUAUUGUCACAGUAGUUUAUUUGAACUUGAGACCAUUGUAAGCAUGACCCAACCUACAACCCUAUUUUUACAUAUCCAAGCUCCAGUAAUUCUCAAAUCCAGUAUUUUAUUCAAACUCUGUUGAGGCAUUUUACUAACCUCAUUCCCUUUUUGGCCUGUAAGACACUUUAGAAUUUCCUAACAGAGUUUACUGUUGUUUAGAAAUUUGCAAGGGCUUCUUUUCCGCAAAUGCCACCAGCAGAUAAUAAUUUUGUCAAUAAUGCUGUUGUCUCCUUUUAGUACCACCAGACCGAGACCUGAAUCAUUCAUGAUAUAAAUUUUAUUCUUGCGAGAUGACUACCGUCUCUCUCUGAAAACAAGGUCAGGUUAGCAAAUGAUAUAAAAGCUUUGUUGUUUUGUUUUUCAAGACAAGGGCAAGCUUCCCUAAUUAGGCUUGAAUUUAUUAGUUAUGAAAAAAGAAAACAAGGGGAAAAAAACACAAGACACAAGAAAAAAAUCCUGGGCAAUAAAAAAUUAUUUUCAACCAGCUCCGGAGCCACUCCUGUCUAAGCUCCUGCUGGCACCUUUUCGCCUGCGGCGGCGGUCUGUGCGGGCGACGGGUGUGAGAUGGGAUAAGGACUAAAGCACAUCAGCAGGUUUAGUGCUAGUGUGUUGUGAUGCUGUCUUUCCUAUGGUGUAGAAUCGUUAUUUCUGACAAGGAAUGUCUCAGGCCUAGAAAUACAUGAAAUUGCUUUUGGGAUUUUGGUGUGUGUGUUUGGUAUUUUUUUGUUUAUUUAGCUGCAUGUGAAUUUUUCAUGACUUACUUUCCAUUUUAAAAUUUUUUCUUUCUCAAGAAGAGGCUUUGGAAUGAGGUCCAGUUUGUGGUAUAAAUACAGGUUCGCUGUCCUAGGAAGCAUCAUGUCAACUCUGAACUAAAGAUAAUUGUUUGAGUUACUCCAAGCACUUGUGCAACUUGGAUAAAGAGACUUGGUUUGUGGGAACAUUAGACGCAGUUUGAAAAGAUGCCACCUGUUGUUUCCUGAUCUCUCCUUUGUUCGUGUUUACUGUGCGACCUUCCUGAGGCGACCCUGUGACCCUGCAGGUGCUGCCCGCUCUCUGUCGUAGCCACUUCUCAGUUACGUCAAACGCCUGAAGUUCCAGAACCCUCAACGGCUUCCUUCAGUGACAUGCUUUUUUUGUUUGUUUGUUUCUAAAAUGUGAAGCUUUAGGACCAAAUUGUUAGAAAGUGUCAGGAUUACCAAUUAUUUCAAGUAGAUUUAUUGGAUUUCAGAACUCAUAGCAUGACCCUGAAGGAUACUAUUAUAUGUUUUAUAUAUAAAUAAUUACUGUUUAUGAUAUAGACAUUACUAUUGAAUAUUUAGAGAACCAUUGUUAAUUUUAAAACUAGCAAUUUACUCAUUAAAUAAAGUGCAUCAGGUUGACUUGAAUAAAAACACUUGGACAACCAGGUUCACCAGUUUGCAGAAACUAUGUAACUCUUCUCUCUCUCACAUCAAGUUUUGUAAAAAUUAUGUGUUAUAGUGGAAAAUAACGUAUAGAUUCAACAAACAA